AUGAGUAGCGAUCCACGGCGCGGCAAGAACUUGCUCAGGGAUCUACAGAAAAACAUGGAUCCGUCAAAGACGCGAAGGCCUUUGGCACCGAAAUCCGUGAAUCUUUCACAACUGCAUCGUAUAACGAAAAGUGCAAAGCCAGAGAGGCAAAAACGCUAUGUACCUCAGCUCCCACUUUCGCGGGUGAUACAAUCGCCUUCAACAAGCGGUCGUAAAUUAGAGGUCGUUCAUGAUAAAGAAGUAAAGCGACCUGUGCGAUCUUUAGGCGAACAGGCCAGAACCAAAGGCUCGAGGCUUGUUUUCAUACAGCCAUCUAGUUCCGCACGGAAACGGCGAUCGCAUUUGACUACUCCGCAUACAAGUGAACUGGUUUACCUCACGUUACGCGCCGUUAGCCAUUUAGAGACAACUCGCAUGCUUCAAGAGCAGCACCUCAAAAUUCGCGAGUUCGAUAUGACGAUGGCAGUUAAAAAUGUUUUACAACUUCCCAGCGGCGGGUUUCUGGUCAUAGGAUCUUCUGCUGGCAGUGAAGAUUGUUUGAGCCGACGCUCUUCUGCAGUGGUACUUCAUGCUCGCAAGGGCACCCACGUACCCUUAGAAUUCGGCAAAAACGCUAAAUUGAGGUUUAACAAAAGCUUAAGCAUGGAAUUAUAUUCCGGUUUGCUAUGGUGUCUACGAUGGGAGCUCUUGGAUUAA